GUAGCGACUGUCGGUCGCAGACCGCAGUGUUCGCGCGGCGACCCGACCGACCACACGCACCAUGCGCGCGACCCGCGAAUGUGUUCAUACCACUCAAUUGUGAAGUGACAGUAAAUCCGGAUUUCACAUACGUCUGGAUAAAAACAAACUAACAAAUAAUGGCGACUUCAGGGGGGAAGUCGCGGCGUGAGGAGACGAGCGACAAUUCGGAUGAUGAGCUGUUACCGCUCGCAAACGACACAUAUGGAGGGAGUCAAAGAACUGUACACGAAACAAAAGGAUGGGACGUCUUCAGAGAGUUCCCACCGAAACAGGACAGUGGGUCUAUGGAAACACAAAAAUGUUUGGACUUUACAGUACGGAUACUCAAAGUUUUGGCGUAUACAAUAACAUUCAUAGUUGUUUUGGGAUCUGGCGUUAUAGCCAAGGGCACGGUACUUUUCAUGACCUCGCAACUAAAAAAAGAUAAAAGACUUGCAUAUUGUAAUAAGAAUUUAGGUAGAGAUAAGCAAUUUAUAGUUUCACUGCCAGAUGAGGAACGAGUUGCGUGGAUGUGGGCGGUCCUAGCAGCAUUCGCGAUCCCGGAGAUAGGCACACUAAUUCGCUCAGUCAGAAUAUGUUUUUUUAAAUCUUCGAAGACACCUACCAGCAUACAAUUCAUUGUGAUUUUCAUUGCUGAAUCUCUGCAUACUAUAGGAAUGGGAUUAUUGUUCUUCGUAAUACUUCCAGAACUGGAUGUAGUUAAAGGUGCUAUGAUAACCAACUGUCUGUGUAUCGUGCCUGCUAUUCUUGGUCUGCUCUCCCGGAACUCGCGUGACUCGAAGCGCUUUGUUAAAGUUAUCGUCGACAUGGCUGCGAUUGUCGCACAGGUCACUGGUUUCAUUGUAUGGCCACUGUUAGAAAACAAACCUGUCUUGUGGCUCAUCCCGAUUUCAUCGUUGUGUAUAUCUUUAGGAUGGUGGGAAAACUAUGUGACUCGCCAAAGUCCGAUCGGGAUAAUCAAGAGUUUGGGAAGAUUAAAAGAAGAACUGAACCACACUCGCUAUUAUACAUAUCGAUUUAUGUCAAUUUGGAAGAUCCUUGUAUUUCUGAUGUGUAUUCUCUUAGCCAUAUGGAUGGAAGGUGACGACCCAGCUAUGUUCUUCCAACUAUUCAACCCAGGGUUUGGACCUCAUAACAUAGUCGUCGAAGAGGUACAAAUUCAACUCGGCAGUACAGUUAUACCGGAUCUAGCUAACGCUACUCUUACAGGAGAUUCGGUUGAGGUUGCAGCUGUAUAUAAAUCAGCUUUCUACGUAUUAUUAAUUCAAGUGUUUGCCGCGUAUUUCUGUUAUAUAUUCGGAAAGUUCGCUUGCAAAAUCCUUAUUCAAGGUUUCAGUUAUGCUUUUCCGAUUAAUCUUGUAAUACCUUUGGUAGUGAAUUUCUUGAUCGCUGCAUGUGGUCUACGUAAUGGCGACACUUGUAUAUUCCAUGGAACAGUUCCGGACUACCUUUUCUUCGAGAGUCCAUCAGUAUUUUCACUCAGUGAUUUCAUAUCUCGUCAAAUGGCAUGGAUAUGGUUGCUGUGGUUACUUUCACAGACGUGGAUUACGAUUCAUAUAUGGACUCCAAAGGCGGAACGUUUGGCAUCUACUGAAAAAUUGUUCAUACUUCCAAUGUAUAAUGGCUUGUUAAUUGAUCAAAGUAUGGCCCUCAAUAGAAAAAGAGACGAUCAUAAGGAUGUAAAAACUGAGGAUCUCGCUGAAAUCGAAAAAGAGAAAGGCGAUGAGUACUAUGAAACCAUUUCUGUUCAUACUGAUAACACUGGUUCGUCUCCUAAAACGAUUAAGUCAUCCGAUCAGAUCACGAGAAUUUACAGUUGCGCUACUAUGUGGCACGAAACUAAAGAUGAAAUGAUGGAGUUCUUAAAAUCCAUUCUACGAUUAGACGAAGAUCAGUGUGCUCGGCGAGUUGCCCAGAAGUAUUUGCGUGUUGUUGAUCCAGAUUACUACGAAUUCGAAACUCAUAUAUUCUUGGACGACGCUUUUGAAAUUUCUGACCAUAGUGAUGACGAUUCUCAAGUAAACCGUUUCGUCAAGCUUCUCGUGGACACAAUAGACGAAGCUGCUUCGGAAGUUCAUCAAACUAUAAUUCGUGUACGACCGCCGAAAAGGUAUCCCGCUCCAUACGGGGGACGAUUAUCGUGGGUAUUACCAGGAAAAACUAAAAUGAUCUGUCACUUGAAAGAUAAGGCAAAGAUUCGUCACAGAAAACGAUGGUCACAGGUCAUGUACAUGUACUACCUUCUCGGACAUCGUCUUAUGGAGUUACCGAUAUCAGUAGAUCGUAAAGAAGUCAUGGCUGAAAAUACGUACUUGUUAACUCUUGACGGAGAUAUUGAUUUCCAACCGCCCGCUGUUAGACUGCUUAUCGAUUUGAUGAAGAAAAAUAAAAACUUAGGUGCAGCCUGUGGACGUAUUCAUCCUGUUGGAUCCGGUCCCAUGGUGUGGUAUCAAAUGUUCGAGUACGCUAUUGGUCAUUGGCUGCAAAAGGCGACUGAGCACAUGAUCGGCUGCGUACUUUGUAGUCCUGGAUGUUUCUCCCUCUUCAGGGGAAAAGCUCUAAUGGACGACAACGUUAUGAAGAAAUAUACCUUGAGAUCUGACGAAGCCCGGCAUUAUGUACAAUACGAUCAAGGGGAGGACCGUUGGCUCUGUACGCUUUUGCUACAAAGAGGUUAUCGAGUAGAAUAUUCAGCUGCCUCUGAUGCGUAUACGCACUGUCCUGAAGGCUUCAACGAGUUUUAUAACCAACGUCGUCGAUGGGUACCCUCAACCCUUGCUAAUAUUAUGGACUUGCUUGUGGACUACAAACAUACGAUUAAAAUCAACGACAACAUUUCAACUCCAUAUAUUGCCUACCAGAUGAUGUUGAUGGGUGGUACAAUUCUUGGUCCUGGUACUAUAUUUCUUAUGUUGGUGGGUGCUUUCGUGGCCGCUUUCAGAAUCGACAAUUGGACAUCUUUCGAAUACAAUUUGUAUCCUAUCGCUAUAUUUAUGUUUGUUUGUUUCACGAUGAAAUCAGAAUAUCAGUUACUGGUCGCACAAAUAUUAUCAACUGCAUAUGCAAUGAUAAUGAUGGCUGUAAUCGUCGGUACGGCACUCCAAUUAGGAGAGGACGGUAUCGGAUCGCCUUCAGCUAUUUUCUUGAUAUCACUUUCAAGUUCGUUUUUCAUAGCAGCUUGUUUGCAUCCGCAAGAGUUUUGGUGUAUAGUACCCGGAAUAAUCUAUCUACUAUCUAUUCCUUCUAUGUACUUGCUUUUGAUUUUAUAUUCAGUAAUUAAUCUGAAUGUUGUAUCAUGGGGUACAAGAGAAGUUCAGACGAAAAAGACUAAAAAGGAAAUUGAACAAGAAAAGAAAGAUGCAGAGGACGCGAAGAAAAAAGCAAAACAAAAGUCGCUCCUAGGAUUCCUUCCAGGGGCAAAUGGCGAUGAAGAAGAGGGAUCUAUCGAGUUUUCAUUUGCUGGAUUGUUUAAGUGUUUGCUUUGUACGCAUCCCAAAGGAAACGAAGAAAAAGUGCAACUCAUGCAUAUUUCGUCAACUCUUGAAAACUUGGAGAAAAAAUUAGAGAACGUAGAAAGGAUUGUAGACCCUCAUGGCCAAUUAAGAGGACGUAAGUUGUCUAUCGGAAUGAGAGGUAGCACCAAUGGAGAUCCACUGGUCACCGUGGCUGAAGGCGAAGAAGAACACGACUCUGAUUCUGAAACUGAUACAAUGUCUACAGUACCAAGAGAAAAAAGGGAUGAUUUGAUUAAUCCGUACUGGAUAGAGGACCCGGAAUUAAAGAAAGGAGAAGUUGACUUUUUGAGCCAGUCGGAAUUAUCGUUUUGGAAAGAGCUUAUUGACAAAUAUCUUUAUCCUAUUGACGCAAAUAAGGAAGAGCAGGCACGUAUUACCAGGGACCUUAAAGAAUUGAGAAACUCGUCUGUAUUCUCGUUCAUAAUGAUAAAUGCCCUUUUUGUACUCAUUGUUUUCUUGCUGCAACUCAACAAGGACAACCUUCAUUUUAAGUGGCCACUUGGAGUUAAAACUAAUAUAACAUACGAUGAGGUUUCGCAAGAGGUGCUUAUAUCGAAAGAAUACUUGCAAUUGGAACCAAUUGGUCUAGUUUUUGUAUUCUUCUUCGCUUUGAUCUUGAUUAUUCAGUUCUCCGCUAUGCUGUUCCAUAGAUUUGGAACUAUUUCACACAUAUUAGCGUCUACUGAAUUGAACUGGUUCUGUGCAAAGAAGUCAGAAGAUUUAUCUCAAGACGCGUUACUGGAUAAAAACGCUAUAGCAAUCGUGAAAGAUUUGCAAAAACUAAAUGGAUUAGAUGACGAAUAUGAUAAUGAUUCCGGCUCAGGGCCCCAAAACGUUGGAAGACGGAAAACUAUACAUAACUUAGAGAAAGCGAGACAAAAGAAGAGGAACAUAGGAACACUUGAUGUCGCUUUUAAGAAACGGUUCUUUAAUAUGAACGCAAACGAUGGUCCAGGUACUCCAGUAUUAAACCGUAAGAUGACGUUACGUAGAGAAACACUUAAGGCUUUGGAAACGAGGAGAAACUCAGUAAUGGCCGAGCGGCGUAAGUCACAAAUGCAAACACUUGGCGCUAACAAUGAAUAUGGAGUUACUGGAAUGUUAAAUAACAAUCAUGGAGUUGCUCCGCGUCACCGCACUUCAACAGCCAAUAUAUCAGUGAAAGACGUUUUCGCUGAACCAAACGGAGGUAUGGUCAAUCGAGGGUACGAGACCUCAUUAGGUGAUGAAGACGACAGCAACUCUAUCAGACUACAACCGAGACAAAAUCACCAAGUUUCCUUCCAGGGAAGAUUUUAGUGAACAAGUGCAAACUUGUCUUAACAACUGAGAGUUGCCAACAUUACGAAUUAAAAUAUCUAGUUUUUAAAAUUGUAGAUACUCAUUUAUUAGAAUAGUAAUUAUUGUAAUUUAAAUCAAUUUGCGAAUCGAAUAUCGUCCUUCUUGUGAUAUUACAUAAUUGUAUCAAGUGACAUCGACGGACUGAUGUGAAAACAUUGUGUUCUAAUGCUUUUCGAAUAUUUUUUAAAUAAUUAUAUGAAAUUUUACACUGCCACUUUACUUUUGUAUUUCUUUUAUAAGAUACAUCCAUAUACAUUUACAUAUGGUUAA